AUGACUGCCAUCGUUCCGAUCCCCUUCAGUGUCUUCCCGUCUGCGUAUCGGAACGCGGAAUUGAAGGACUCUGCCAGUGUUCAAGUAGUAGAAAACGAAGCGCAUUUUGAACAUCAGGCUUUACACGGACGGGAAGGUCACGAAGAGGUCCACGAAUCCUUUUCUGCUACCGUCCAGCAACCCCCUCCACCUACGCCUCAACAGGAACAGCACCACGACGUUCACAUCAAGGAAGAGGUUCACAUCCACGAAGAAGAGCGCCUAGGUGGUUCCCAGCACGGCUCCCAGUACCAGAAGACUCCCCAGCUUCCUCAGCAACUUUCUCCAAGGCCCUCUCCAAAGCCCUCUCAACACCGUGAAGAAGUCCGUGUCCACGAGCACACUAGCUACAGACAUCCUCAACAAGCUACUCCUCAGCAGCACCGUGAAGAGAUCCAUAUUCACGAGGAAACUCGCUACAGACAGCCUCAGCAAGCCUCUCCUCAGCAACAGCGUGAAGAAAUCCAUAUUCACGAGGAAACUCGCUACAGGCAGCCUCAGCAGCACCAGCAGCCCCAGCAGCAGCGUGAGGAAAUCCGCAUCCACGAAGAAACCCGGUACAGACAACCUCAGGGAGCCCAGCCUCUCCCCCAGCCGGCCCAGCCUCACUCUCACCACGCUCAGCGUACUGACCGCGUAACUGACCGCGUAGAGUUUGAACGAUCCCACGACCGUUAUCAACCCCAACCCUCCUCAUCUCACACUCAAGUCGAGGUUCAAGACCGAACCUACGAUAGACACUUCGACACAGUCCACGGCCCUGCCACCGACUACGCACCUACUCAAAUCGACGUUACUGAACAUCAGUUUCGCGAACGCACUCGUCCCAUCGUCGCCGGUGCUGGUUAUCCCAAGGAGACCUUCAUCACCAAGCACAACACCUACCCUAACAAUAGGGCGGUUGACAGUGUUGACAAGAACUACCCAGCCGAGGUCCGAGUAGAACAAUCUGCUCGUUCCACUGCGCAAGCCCCCAAGAAGUUCAAGCGUGAUAUGGGAUAUUACGACAACGAAGGCCAAUACCACAGUCUACGUCAAGGAAUCUCCAAAGCCGCCCACAAGGUAGCAGACCGCGUCCAACACCCCAUCCACCCUCACCGCCACCAACACUCUCACCACAAGUCCUUUGCCGGUGCUCAGUACGACGACCAGCGCGAAGAGAUAGUCGUUAAGGAGAAGUACACUACCGCUACUCCUUCCGUCGCCCCCAGCCGUCCCGUUCAAUCAGGUGCUCCUGUCGAAAGGGUCGUUCGCAUCCACUCUUCCCCUUCAGCCCCCUCAGCCCCAGCUAGAUCGUCAGUCUCUGUCGCAUCUGCUCCUGCUCCUGCUCCUGCUGCUUCUCGCGCAUCAGCUCACGCUCCCGCUCCUACCAAAGCCCCCACUUCUGCCUCUAUCGCACCCUCAGCAGCUCCCGCUCGCCCCGUACGCAAGAUGGCUUCCAAGACUAUCACUAUCCCCUGCCACCACAUCCGCAUUGGCGAUCUCCUGAUCCUUCAGGGCCGCCCUUGCCAGGUCAUCCGCAUCACCACCUCCUCCCAGACUGGCCAGCACCGCUACCUCGGUGUUGACCUCUUCACCAAGCAGCUCCAUGAGGAGUCUAGCUUCAUCUCCAACCCGGCCCCCUCCGUUGUUGUCCAGAACAUGCUUGGUCCUGUCUUCAAGCAGUACCGUGUUCUCGACAUCCGUGAGGACGGUCGCGUCGUCGCCAUGACCGAGUCUGGCGAUGUCAAGCAGGGCCUUCCCGUCCUUGACCAGAGCGGUCUCCACACCCGCCUCAGCGAGUCUUUCGACAACGGCCGAGGCAGUGUCCGCAUCCUCGUCAUCGAGGAUGACGGUAUGGAGAUGGCUGUCGACUACAAGGUCGUCCACGGUUCCAGGUUGUAGAAACCUCAUGUCAACGGUCUCAUUCAAACGUACGAUAAUCAAAACUCUCAGGCGUUUGCUUACCCACGGCCACUCAUCUUAUCAACUGUGUUCAUAACUUUUGCAUGGUCACUAGGCUGGUAGCAUUGAGCUUCUCCUUGCUCAUUGGUAGGCGUUUACUCGCUUCUGGUGUUCAUGGUGUCGCGCGGUCUACUUGUCGGAGUGAUGGAAAUAUCGGAGCUACAUCUGUGGAUAGUUAAUGAAUUGCGUCUCCUUCAUCUCA